AUCCAAAAAGAUGCACUCUCUUCUCCAACUCCAAACCCCCUACGCUCUCUCCCCAUUUCUCCUUCUCCCACCUAAAACCCACCUUAAACCCUGCAGAAAACUCCCGAAUUUCCAAUCCCAUAAACCCAAAACCCCUUCUAUAUUUAUGACCUUAGCUUACGGCGCAGAUGAGCUUCCGGUAGACGAGGAAUUUCUCGAACAAUAUGGCCCAAAAGACAAAGAAUCCGAGGAAGAAGCCCGGCGCCGCAACUGGGUCGAGCGCGGAUGGGCUCCGUGGGAAGAAAUCCUUACCCCCGAAGGCCAAUUCGCCCGGAAAUCCCUCAACGAAGGCGAAGAGGUCCCUCUCGAAGACCCUGAAUCCGUUGAGGCUUUCAAGAUGUUGAAUCCAAGGUACAGAGAUAAGAAGAUUAAGGAUAUGGGAUUGACUGAAGAUGAGUAUUACGCGAAGCAAUUCGAGAUAAAGGGUGAGAUUCCUGACCCGCUGGAGACUAUCUGGGCUGGCCCUUUGGUGUUGAGACACUUGCCGCCACGUGACUGGCCGCCACCGGGCUGGGAGGUCGAUAGGGAGGAGCUGGAGUUCAUACGCGGGGCACACAAGUUGCAUCAUGUGACCAGAGUGGACUAUGAGAAGGUGGAGGAGGUGGCGCAGAAGGAAACUGAUGAUAUGUGUUUGGAGAGGUAUAAAGUGUUCCUGAAGCAGUAUAAUGAGUGGGUUGCUGCAAAUAAAGAUAGAUUGGAGGAGGAGUCUUACAAGCAUGACCAAGAUUACUAUCCUGGAAGAAGGAAAAGGGGAAAGGAUUAUGUGGAGGGGAUGUACGAGCUACCAUUUUACUAUCCAGGACAAAUUUGUGCUGGUAAAGUGACUGGCGUGCACCUUUAUCAAGGAGCGUUUGUUGACAUUGGAGGUGUCCAUGACGGGUGGGUUCCUAUCAAACGUAAUGAUUGGUUUUGGAUCCGCCACCAUAUAAAAGUUGGUAUGCAUGUGACUGUUGAAAUUCUGGCAAAGAGAGAUCCUUACCGAUUCAGGUUCCCUAUUGAGAUGCGGUUUGUUGACCCUAAUAUAGACCAUCUGAUCUUCAAUACGUUUGAUUUUCCACCAAUAUUUCACCGUGAUGAUGAUACUAAUCCAGAUGAGUUGCGUCGGGAUUGUGGAAGAGCUCCAAUUCCUAGAAAAGAUCCGGGCAUCAAGGUGGAAGAGGAACCAUUAAUAUCAAAUCACCCUUAUGUUGAUCGACUGUGGCAGAUCCAUAAUGCGGAACAGAUGAUUUUGGAUGAUUUGGAGGCUAAUCCUGAAAAGUAUGAGGGCAAAAAGUUGGCAGAGUUAAGUGAUGAUGAAGAUUAUGAUGAAGAACAUAAUGUUCAGUAUGCCAAAGGUGUUUACAAGAAAAGUACACUACCAUUAAUGAUUCUGAAAACUAGUGUAAAAGAUCUCGACUUAGAAGCAGCAUUUGCUGAGCGUCAGCACCAUAACAAAUUGAGAAAGGAAGCACAAGAGAGGGGAAAAAAGUACAAAGUUACCAAGAUGAGGAGAAAUGCUGAAAUGGAUGAAUACGACCUUAUCCAUUGGCGUCGAUCAUUUGAAGAAAGGGAGGCUCUGAUUAGGGAUAUUAGCUGCCGUCAGGCCCUUGGGCUUCCGUUAGAUGAGCCUGGGCGGUAUGUGGACAGCAGCUACUUUGGCAAGGAUCAAUAUGAUCCUGACAGCCCUCUGUAUCGUUAUGACUAUUGGGGGGAACCAAAGAAUUCAGAAAAAAGUAAGCAGGAGCGGAUGAAAGAUGCCCAUAACAAAUCUAUUGUUGGGAAGGGUACAGUUUGGUAUGAAAUGUCUUAUGAAGAUGCAAUUAAGCAGAAAAUGCAGAGGGAAGCCGAAGGACACACACAGGAACAAUUUGAUGAAGAAGACAUGGAUGGAGAUGGAGAUGGAGAUGGUGACGACGAGGAUGAUGAUGAUGAUGAUUUUGAUUACAGCAUCUUGUCUGGCCCCAGCGUGGAAUUGUCUGAGCAGCCUCAUGUUAAUGGUACAGAAUCAUCCAGAUUAUCUGAUGAAGGGAUGUUUGAGAAUUAGUGCAGCUGGUACUCCGCCCUGCCCUGUAGGAGUUGGGAUUAUGUUGUUUGUACAGUAAUAGGAAAACAGAAGAGGAACCCCAGCAGUUCGGAUAUACCUUUAUUCUCCCCAAUAUUGAACCAAGAAACAUAUUCUCUACGGCAUUGGGAUGUAUUUCUAGGUUUCUGGCAAGUCUUCUCAGAGUCUAUAAAACUUGCCUUUCAUUUGCUCAA